ACACAUACAGCAGCUGCAGUCGAAGUACGGGAUGCUAAAGGAGACAGCACAAGCUGAGAUCGAGAGAGUAUUUUGCUCAUUCGCGUUUGCUCAUCGUCAGAAGCGUUAUUUCGCAACUUGCUACGAUCGGGGAAGCACGUCCGUGGAUUACGCUGUGAAAGAUCUCAGGAUGUCAACAUACCAGUGUUUGUGUCUACGGUAUCUUCUAAACUUGGAAAUAACGUCAUAUGUAAUCAUCUCGUGACCCUUCCGUGUUUUUGCAUGGUUUGUACUGCACAGGGGCAUCGGUUUCGACAGCCCAUGCCCCGUAAAAUUCGCCCAAAAACUCCCGGCGAUAAAAAGGAGCCCAAAACAGAUGGUCCACAGUCAAUUCACAGGAGGAAUUUUCAGUGUGCAAGCUAUCCAGUGAUUUUACUGUUCAGCUUACUUCGUUUUAUUCUGUUUCAGCUGUGGAUGCUUAUCACAGAGGCAGUUUCUCGAGUCAGUACACGGGAAAGCUUCGGCAUGGUAGACAGCGGCAAAACGGGGUAUGGUCCCCUGAAAAAUGACAAGGAGGAUAAUGGGAAUGCUAUGACAGGAGUAACAAUUAAUCCUUCAUCGUCUUCCAAUUCAACGUCAAAUGGAACUAAGUUGGAUCCACAGCUGUCAAAGCAGAAACAACAUCAUAAAAGAGCAUUUGAGUAUUUAUCUAAAGCUCUCAAAAUAGAUGAGGAAGAUAAAGGGCCAGGGAGCAACAAGCGACAAGCUAUUGAGUACUAUAGGAAAGGAGUGGAUGAGUUGGAGAAAGGUAUUGCAGUGGAUUGUAAUAAACCAGGAUUAGAAUGGGAGAAAGGUCGUAAAAUACAAGAAAAGAUGAAGAAAAACCUUGCCAUGGCAAAGGAAAGACUGGAUAUCCUUAUAAGAGAAGCCUCGCAUCGAGCGUCUCCUAAGCUACUUCAUAAAGCAACCACAGGUAUAUCAUCAUCCAAGAAUAGCAAUAAAACCAGGAGUCCUGCUAGAAGUCUACCUCAUUUACCACGCACAGAUUCGCUUCCAGAAUCCUCCGUUCCAUCACAACCUAAGGUUAGAGGUCAUACUACCACAGGGAAGAAGGAUCUCCGAUCACCAGGUAGAUCUAUCCCUCCAGCCAAGGAUCCAUCAAGUAGAUCACUACCUCCAGUCAAGGAUAUCAAACAGAGUAUAUCAAGGCUGAAGAACGUGGAUUCCAAGCUUGCUAAUAGAAUAUUAGAUGAGAUCUUGGACAGUGGGCCCAAGGUCACGUUCGGUGAUGUCGCUGGACAGGAGGCGGCUAAGCAAGCUCUUCAAGAGAUAGUGAUCCUACCAGCUUUAAGACCAGAACUCUUUACAGGACUCAGGGAACCUGCUAGAGGUCUACUGCUCUUUGGACCACCAGGCAACGGCAAGACAAUGCUGGCUAAGGCAGUUGCUAAUGAAUCCAACGCUACCUUCUUCAACAUCAGCGCUGCAACGCUUACAUCCAAGUAUGUGGGAGAGGGAGAGAAACUUGUGAGGGCGCUCUUUGCAGUAGCCAGGCAAUUACAACCAUCCAUUAUAUUCAUGGAUGAAAUUGAUUCCUUACUAACUGAGAGAAAAGAAGGAGAACAUGAUGCAAGCAGAAGAUUAAAAACAGAAUUCUUAGUAGAAUUUGAUGGUGUGAAAGCUGAUGGGAGUGAGCGAAUGCUUGUGAUGGGGGCAACAAAUCGACCACAAGAACUGGACGAUGCUGUCCUCAGGAGGCUGGUGAAACGAGUUUAUGUCCAACUGCCUGAUAUGAAUGCCCGGAAAACGUUGAUCAAGAAUUUGCUGAAGAAAAACAAUAACCCUCUGACUGAUGCAGAUCUUACAAGACUAGCAGAGUUUACUCAAGGAUACUCAGGAAGUGAUCUUAAUGCCUUGGCUAAAGAUGCUGCUCUAGGACCUAUCAGAGAACUUGGACUAAAUGGUGUCAAGUCAACCACUGCAGAACAGGUACGAAGCAUCACCCUGUCUGAUUUUUAUGAUUCUCUGAAGAGGAUACGACGGAGUGUACCUCAAGAUUCCAUCAAUCUCUAUGCAGACUGGAACAAGAGCUACGGUGACAUCUCAUCUUAUUAGACCAUGCUUGGAUUGUGAUAUAGGAAGGACCUCAUAGUAUUAGUUGGUGAAAUCAUUUCAUGCUGGCAUAACAUGAUUGGGAAAUUCCUCUCUUGCAAAAAGCAUAGAAAUGACUGAAAUAGAGCAGUUGAGCUAAAUCUGAUAAAGAUAAGAUCUAUCAAAUACACAUUGGCAAGUCUGGGACUGCAUUUGCAAGCACCUUUCUUAUUGUUCUGUAGCAUUAAAAAAAUUGAUUACGGUAAUUUACCUUUUCUUUUAAAAAAAAAAGCAUUUCAUUGCACCCAAGUCCUUGACAUGUUACUAGACAUAUUUUUUUUUGAUUUGUUGUUGUUUUUGAUACAUGCUCUUAAUGAUUUAGAUCUGUUUCUUCAUCAAAUACAAGGAAUUUAUGGAAUUUGUAAGGCUUGCAAGGUAGAGUUACCAAUUUGCAUUGUUCAAUACCUGUGUUUUGUACCCACGCCUGCACGUACACAAGCUAUAGUGCCACCCUUGAUGUUGUACACAACGAUGCAAACACAGGUUUGCACUUGCUGUUGACCCACACAACACACUUUCAUUUGUUUUUUUGUUGUGUUUUUUUACAAUUAAAAUUACGCUUUUAGGUGACGAUCUGAAUAUUUGUUCUACAACGCCUUUUUGGCACCAUGUAGCUUCCCCCUCACCUCCCAGGCUACCAUCCACUCAAGCUCCCUGCCUAAUAUGAUGGUUGGUCUACUGCAUUUAUUUAUUGUUAUAAUAAUAUAGUUAAAUUAUUGCCACAUUUAUAUAUUAUGAUUGUAUUACUGUUUUAAUUUCAUUGUUUUCUUAUUCAAAUGUUAUUGAAAAAAAAUGUUCUUUGUUCAUUUUAUUUUGACUUUGUUUAAUAAUAUAUAAGUGUAUAAUAAAUCUGCCUUUAAAAAGAAAAUAUUGUUUUAAAAAUGUGAAACAUCUUUUAUCAGCACUGAGAUUGAUAAAGCAAGGUAUUGAGACAAAACAAAUUUAUCAUUCAUCAAAUAUAUUGUCAUUUUUGUAAUGCAGAAAUUACUUUUCUUCCAGAUUAAAUAGAAUUACCAUGAUGAGUCUGUUAUUGAUAUGACUGAGAAUGAAAUGCUGAAUAAGCUAAUUUCUUUAGUGAUAUUUAGAAUUGUUUUUUCAAGCAAUAUUUCUAUCACAAGAGUUUCAGUAGUCUGAUCAUUAUUAAGAUAUUUGUUUGAAUGUUGAUCAGAUCCAUGGAUUCAAUGAAAUAGUGUUGUUAUUUCAUUAAGAUGAUUACUUCACCAAAUUGAUCAUUAGUCCUCUUUAAUUUGCCCUUAAAGUGAUAAGACGAAAAAUAUCUGGGUUAUGUUUAUGGCUAGACAUACCUGUUUUGCUUUUGAAUUAUAUUUUUUAUUGAUAAGUUGUACGCUCAGUAAUAUUUUUUUAGUGAGAUAUUACUUACGAGGCAAAUACAGGUUGAAUAUAAUUAUUGGUGGCACUGAUUGUGCGUCUGAAAAUUAAGGAAAAUCUAUUUUUACCGACACAUUAAAAGCUUAAUUCUGUAGAAUGAUAUGUAUGUGUUGGUUGAAAAGAAAGUAGUGAAAUGCAGAAUAAAUGUGAUGGAAAUGAAAUUAUUGAGUGACUGUAUCAGUACGUCAUUUAUAAAGACAUAAAAUAUUACAUCCAUGCCAUACACAUGCUCAUCAGCAAAUGGGGAUGUAAAACCCCUGAAAGAAGUGGCUUUGUAUUAUAAAAGGAACAGAAAGUUCACACGCAUAGAAUAUCCCAAACCAUAGAGAUUUGUUUUCAUUAUGAAUUUCACUUGUUUAUUAUUUACUCAUUUGCAACGAGCACUUGGAACGCAAUGUUUAAUCUCAUAGUUUUAGGACUGCAUCAAAAGAGGUUUCAAAGAAAAGUGGAAAAUAUACAGAAAAGGCAUGUAUCGCUAAUAAGUAAUUAUGUAAUACUUUCUGGAUUGUCAAAUGGUUGUAGGGUAUUGUAACAAAAUUAGAUUUAGUUUGUGAUGUGGUAGUAGUCACUCUGUGAUUUUAUAAUACAUGCUCUUGCAAGCAAAUAUGAGUAUUGAAAAUUGUUAACAUUCUUGCAGCCAUAUAGUAUUUUAAAAAGCUGUGAAAGCAUUUCUAUCAAUGUAUGAUCCUCAAGUAAUGUGACAAAAACUUGUGCCUUGUUUUGUGAAUAAUUUUUUUGUACAUACAGCAUAGAAAUAAAUCAUGAAACUCAUGUACACGUUAGAAGAAAAAGGUAAAAAGCACAGUAGGUAAAGCUUACUCUGGACAAAGCUGUAGCGUAUAAACCCUUGAUAGAUAAAGUGAAACUAGUAUUAGUUCUUCAUUCCUGUGAUAUUUAUGUUAUCUGCGUCAAAUAAAAACUUGUUUCGUGUUAAACUCUAUCAAUCUUCUGUUACCGGUAUGUUUCUCGUCUUCAGUACAUGGUGUAUAUGUUAUUUGUAUGAAAUGUAAAGAAUGUUUGAUUUCAGAAAUAAAAUAAUGUUUUAUACUGAGA